CUUGUUUUUUCUCAACUACAUACAGAAUAUCCCUCCAUCUUCCCUAUAAAUUUAUCUCUUCAUUUGGAAAUUAAUUUACAAUUCACAAUUUCAUCUUCUUAUGCUGCGUUAAGCAGUUUCGCUUCACAUUCAUCGUUGGGCUUCAGCAGUAAAUUGCCAUGGAGUUACAGAGAAUUUCAUCACUUUUGAUCUUAGCUCCAUUGUUAUUCAUCGCUACCAUUGCUGCUUGCUCCAACGGAACAUGCAAGUUACUGGAUGAUUGUGAAACAGACGGAGAUUGCGAGGCUGGACUUUAUUGUUUCUCAUGUCCUCAAGGAUAUGCAGGCUCCAAAUGUGUUCGAUCAACUGCUACACCUGUGUUUAAUCUUAUGAAUAAUUCGCUCCCAUUCAACAAAUAUUCCUUCUUGACAACACAUAAUGCCUUCGCAAUCGACAAUGGAACUAUACGAUCGACCCCUACAAAUCAAGAAGAUACCGUUGCUCAACAACUAAAUAAUGGGGUGCGUGCUUUGAUGCUUGAUACAUAUGACUUUGAAGACACAGUAUGGUUAUGCCAUUCUUUUGGUGGAAAAUGUUACGACGCCACUAAAUUUACGCCAGCCAUAGAUACUUUGAAAGAAAUCGAAGCUUUUCUAUCAUCAAAUCCAAAGGAAAUAGUGACAAUCAUUCUAGAAGACUAUGUACAAGCACCUAACGGUUUGACCAAAGUUUUUACAGACUCGGGGUUGAAAAAAGUAUUGGUUUCCGGUAACAAGGAUGCCAAAAGAUCCAAGGAACAAAGUGAAGGAAUCGCGUACCAAUGGAACUACAUGGUCGAAAAUCAAUAUGGAGAUGGUGGAAUGAAAGCGGGUGAGUGUCCAAAUAGGGGAGAAUCAUCGCCCAUGAACGAUAAAACAAAAUCACUUGUUUUAGUGAACUACUUCCGUACGCUUCCUAUAAAGAUGUUGGCAUGUGGUCAAAACAAUGGUGGUCUCUCAAACGUCACCAAGACUUGCUACACUGAUUCGGGAAAUCGUUGGGCCAAUUUUCUCGCUGUCGAUUUUUACAAGAGGAGUGAAGGCGGAGGAACAUUUCAAACCACUGAUUUGUUAAUUGGAGAGCUUUUAUGUGGUUGCAAUGAUGUGCAUGCAUGUGUUCCAGGAGGAGGAAGUUGCGCAUCUUGCACGAAGUUUACUUGCGACUAAAUAAGACCACAUUAAGGGCUUCCAUGGCAUCAAUACAAGAUAUAUUAAGAAUCGUAGUUUUCCAUGGUAAUUAAUAUUUAUCAUGAUUCAUGUAAACAUGUUUUUUGUGGGAAACUAUAAAUUAAAAAGAAAAAAAAUAUUUUCAUUUAGAUUGUUAGGACAUGAAAGUUUGAUU